AUGGGGCUGAAACACCAGCAAAUACCUGCAAGUGUAUCUGCAAUCUGUCAGGCAGACGACCCCUUCAGUUGCAGAAGUUGGGAUCGAACAAGGACCCCUGAUGCCUCGCCAGAUGAGAUAAUCGGUGGAAGAUUUGAGCGCCUCAGCAGCAUCGCUCGGGGCGGCGCAGCGACCAUGCACCAAGGGAAAUGCCUCAGGACUGGCAAAUUGGUGGCCAUAAAGUCGAUUCCGCAGGAAUCCAGAGAGGAUAGAAAAGCUGCUCUAAGCGAGGCGGCUUUCUUGCGUUCGCUGGAUCACGAUCAAAUAAAUCGACUGAUUGCAGUCGUCGAGGAUGAGUUCUGUGUGCAUUUAAUCCUUGAGUAUGCCCAAGGCACUGAUUUGAUGGAGACCCUUCUGAUGACUGGCCCCAUGGAAGAACAGCAGGCAGCGGAGAUCAUCCGACAACUUCUGGAAGUCUUGGCGUAUUGUCACUCUCAUGGCGUCGUUCACCGAGAUCUCAAGCCUGAAAACAUUAUGGUCAGUGGCGUCAGUGGCGAAAAGGAGAUCACGCUUGUCGACUUCGGUCUAGCCAGGGAAGCUGGCAAAGAACUGGAAGAAGGAGAAGAUGAAGGCACACCAGUCUACCUUGCACCAGAAGUGCGAAGCCAGACAUUGAUUUGUGAUGGCUCUCUGGACAUGUUCAGCCUUGGUGUGGUGCUCUUUGCCAUGCUUUCAGGCCAGAGUGCAAAAGAUGUGCAAUGA